GUCAUCGCGUCGCUCUAAAAUUAGUUAAAGCUUUUAUCGCCAAAGCCUCAAACUCAAAUGCGCGUAUGGCAGCCAGGGGUCAUUGAACCUUGAAUCUUUUCCUUUUCAAUUCAUCCCAUCCAUCGUCCAUUCCCAUCAUGGGACAUGGUUGAUUCUUGAUUCACUCCCUCACUCCUACACUCAUUCAACAACACCAUGAACCUAUACGAGGACGACGACAUGAUUGAAGGAGAACCGCUUCUCGCGGGCGAGGAACGCGACUCCUUUGAGAUUGACGAGACACCAACUGGCACCGCUGCCACCACUGCCACCACCGCAACUCCUUCCUCAACUACUCCCGACGAGACAGACGGAGCACAUCCGGCUUACGCUUACCAAAAACAUGGCCAGCGUGGAAUCCGGGGAUUCGCUGCUCGUUUCCAGGCGCGGAAACGCAAGACAGUGGUGGCAUUACUGGCCGUCCUCAUGUUUUGCAUCACCACGAGCGGCAUGCUCAUCCUGAUUCCCAUAUUCCGCCUCAUGGAAGACGCCGUCUGCCAUGAGCAUUACGAUAAGCCCAGGUCUGAGCCCAUUGAGGAGCGAUUGUGCAAGGUUGAUGGGGUUCAGAAGGAGCUGGCCUUUUUGGGUGGCAUCGGUGCCGUGCUCAAUUCCGUCGUUGGCCUCCUCUCAGCACUCCCAUACGGUGUCCUAGCCGAUCGCAUCGGCCGCAAACCCAGCUUUCUGCUCGCCUAUUUUGGCAUUUUUCUAUGUUUCGCCUGGGGCCCGAUAAUCCUUCGUAGCGAAACCCCCCACAUUCGCCUCGGAAUAUUAGGCUCCCUGUUCUUCCUCAUCGGGGGUGGGAUCCCGGUCGCUAUCAACUCGUUGAACGCCAUGGCUUCUGACAUCAGCUCGGACAGUGAUAGGGCAACUGGCUUUUUAACUCUCUCGUUCGGUGCCGUUUCCGGGGGACUCCUCGGACCCAUCACCGCCGGUCUCUUGAUGGAACACAUGGGACCGUGGUUUCCCGUGAGCCUGGUAUUUUGCAUCACCCCAUUUGUUUUCAUCCUGGCUCUUUUCCUCCCCGAAACGCUGCCCAUCAAGCUGCAAGACGCCAGCCAACCGGAGGAAACGCGGCCGCUGGCCAAAAGGCUUCGCGAAGAAAUCAAGGAGCUCAGGGUAUCCUUCUCGUUGCUAAAGAACCGCAACAUUGCCUUGUCUCUGCCGGCCUUUUUAAUCCAGCCCGCGCUCUUCGCAGCUUAUUCGUCCACCCUCGCCCAGCACAUCAGCACUUACUUUGGCUGGAGUCUGGCACAAACGAGCUACCUUCUCUCCCCCCUCAGCAUUCUACAGCUCGUCAUUAUCGUCCUUCUCCCGUUCUUGUCGGGCUUCUUAACCAGAGAAACGGGACGCUUCCGACUGUCCGUCUUUUCCAAGGACCUCCUACUAACGAGGAUAUCUCUGGCAUUUUUCAUUGCCGCAGCCGUCAUUGAGGGGCUCAGCCGCGAGGUUGUCUUGUUCCUUGUUGGCCUCACCAUCGGCAGCAUCGGCUCUUCCUAUGGGCCGCUCUGUCGCGCCAUCGCUACAAGUUAUGUCGAACCCCAACAGACGUCGCGUCUUUACGCCUUGAUCAGCAUGUUGGAGAUGGGAGGGGCAAUGCUUGGGGGUCCUGUUCUGGCAUGGUGUUUCAAUAUUGGGCUGUCUAAAAAGGGUAUGUGGACUGGCCUGCCGUGGUUCUACGUAGCCGGUCUGGUGCUCGUGGCCCUUGUUUCCAUCAGCUUCUUGCGGCCGCCUAAACCGAAGGUCGUUGUCCCGGACCCGGAAGAGGAGGAGAACAGUGACCUCGGGUAUCUGUCGGCCGAAGAACAGGUCUGAGUAGGAGGUUUGCAGAAAAACGCACACACUGUUACUCAAACUGUCACCAUACAGGAAAAAAACGAGCAACGAGACCGUCAAGCCAGCGGUUACGCUGUCGCGAAGUGUG